AUGUCUACACCUUCUCGAUCACUCCAAGCCUCUGCCCUUAGCUUCUUCUUACUUUCUGUCGGCCACACGGUAGACAAUGGACUGCUGAAAAGGUCUUUGAGGGUAUUUCCGGUUCCAAGCCAUGGGCUUGCGGGACUGUCGGAUGGUCUUCUCCACUACCAAUGGGCUCGCAACCCUGCAGCUCUAAAUGACCCACUCAACAAGAUCAUGGCUGGCAUCGUUAACGCUGCGCUCUGGGCUAGUUCCGCUUGGUAUGCUAAAAACAAUAUUAUGGACACUGCCUGGGUUGUGGGAUUGGCGGCUGCACUACAGGCCUAUGCAGUACUAAUUUGA